UUUUAUGUUUUAGGAACCCUGAUUGCUGUCCUGCAACACAUUCAUUAUGAAGUUAUUAGUAAUACUUUUAUUUUCUGGACUUAUACCUGGUUGUAGAGGUAACUCUUCCUAUAAUUUGCCACCCAAGUUACUCCUGGUAUCCUUUGAUGGCUUCAGAGCCGACUAUCUACAGAACUAUGAAUUUCCACAUCUCCAGAAUUUUAUCAAAGAAGGUGUCUUGGUAGAGCACGUUAAAAAUGUUUUUAUCACAAAGACGUUUCCAAACCACUACAGUAUUGUGACAGGCUUGUAUGAAGAAAGCCAUGGCAUUGUGGCUAAUUCUAUGUAUGAUGUAAUGACCAAGAAACAUUUUUCUGACUUUGAUGACAAGGAUCCUUUUUGGUGGAAUGAGGCGGUACCUAUUUGGGUGACCAAUCAGCUUCAGGGAAACAGAUCAAGUGCUGCUGCUAUGUGGCCUGGUACCGAUGUGCCCAUUCACAAUACCACACCUUCCUACUUUAUGAAUUAUAGCUCCUCGGUGUCAUUUGAGGAGAGACUAAAUAACGUUACCACGUGGCUGAGCAAUGCGAACCCACCGGUCACCUUUGCAACACUCUAUUGGGAAGAACCAGAUGCAAGUGGCCACAAAUACGGACCCGAAGAUAAAGAAAACAUGCACAGAGUGUUGAAAGAAAUAGAUGACCUUAUCGGUGACCUCGUCCACAAACUCAAGAUGUCAGGACUGUGGGAAAAUAUUAAUGUCAUCAUUACAAGUGAUCAUGGCAUGACCCAGUGUUCUCAGGACAGACUGAUAAACUUGGAUUCCUGCAUCAGUCGUUCAGACUACACUCUUAUAGAUUGGACCCCAGUUGCUGCCAUACUUCCCAAAAUAAAUAGAACUGAGGUUUAUAACAAGCUGAAAAAAUGUCACCCUCACAUGAAUGUUUACCUCAAAGAAGAGAUUCCUGGUAGAUUUCAUUACCAACAUAAUGAUCGAAUUCAGCCUAUUAUUUUGGUUGCUGAUGAAGGCUGGACAAUUGUGCAAAAUAAAUCAUUACCAAAACUAGGUGACCAUGGUUAUGAUAAUUCUUUGCCUAGUAUGCAUCCGUUUCUAGCUGCCCACGGCCCUGCAUUUCACAAAGGCUACAAACACAGCACAAUUCACAUUGUGGAUAUUUAUCCAAUGAUGUGCCAUAUCCUGGGAUUAAAGCCACAUCCCAAUAAUGGAACCUUUGGUCAUACUAAGUGUUUGUUAGUUGACCAGUGGUGCAUUAACCUCCCAGAAGCCAUUGGAAUUGUUAUUGGUGCACUCUUGGUCUUAACCACUCUAACGUGCCUCAUAAUAAUCAUGCAGAAUAGACUCGCUGUACCCCAUACAUUUUCCCGACUUCAGCUACAGGAAGAUGAUGAUGAUCCUUUAAUUGGGUAACAUGUGCUGAGGUUUAUACAAAAUGUCUUUGGUUAGUCACAGAACUAAGGGUACACCCAAGGAAUGGUGUUAUAACUAUGGAAAAGUAUACUUCGGAAGACAAAGAACUUAGACCCAGCAUGCUAAAAUUAUUUUGUUUUGUUUUGGUGCAUUAGCUAAUAGAAAAAACUCUGACCAUAGUAAAAAUUGCUAGUAAAUCAUUAGUUAACACCAACUAUUUCUCUGACUAGAAAUGUUUUUUAAGAAAAAUACUGCCUCUGCCUUUUUUUCUUUCUGCAAUGAAGAUUUGACACAUCUUUAGAUAAAAUAUACCAAAAUUUAGUAGGCAUGCUUUUCUAAUAAAUUUUUAUAUUUGUAAGUGAAACAA